AUAAGUCCAUAACUCUGUGAAAUCAAAUUUCCUUCUAGCCUACAAUUUCAUGUACUCUUUGGGUUUCCACAUUCUCUAAAAGUGGAACAAUGGAAACAGCUCUAUUCUCACCGUCGUCUCUAUUCGCCGACUCCGAUGGCAACUCUACCGACGAGGAGUUUACAGAUUCUUCCCACCAAGACUUCGUGGAGAGGAAGCACCAGUUUCCUGGAAUGGAGUUGCUCGUUCGAGAAUUUUAUUUCCAUGAGUUGAAUGCUAAUUUGCUUUGGCCAGGGACUUUUGCAUUUGCAGAGUGGCUAGUGGAACAUAGAUCCUGGUUGGAAGGUCGGAGAACACUUGAGUUAGGCAGUGGAACUGGCGCAUUAGCCAUAUUUCUACACAAAUCAUUUAAGCUUGAUAUCACAACAUCAGACUAUGAUGAUAAAGCUAUAGAGGAGAAUAUAGCCCAUAACUGUCAAGCUAAUGGAAUUUCACCUGCCCUUCCUCACUUAAAGCAUACAUGGGGAGAUUCAUUUCCAAUUUCCAACCCCCACUGGGACCUCAUCAUUGCAAGCGAUAUAUUGCUGUAUGUUAAGCAGUAUCCAAAUUUGAUAAAAACACUAACGUUUCUGCUGAGAGCCUACACACCGGAAGUUGCUGAUUCUGAACCUCGUGAUUGUCAACAACAUGAUUUGGUGUCUGCUUUGCCACGACCAGCGUUCCUUAUGAGCUGGAGGCGGAGAAUUGGGAAAGAAGACGAGUUGCUGUUUUUCUCUGGUUGUGGAGAGGCCGGUCUUGAAGUAAACCAUUUAGGAUCUCGGGUUUAUUGCAUUAAACCUAAAGAAAGAAGGGAUGAAUAGCUAGCCAGGAUCUCUUACUAGUUACUCACUCCACUUGAACCUUUAGACAGGAAUUGAGUUUUAUUUUGUAGCGCUGAAUUGGGUCUGUCACCAGACUAGUAUGAAUUGUGCUUUGUUUUGGUUCUUUUUCUAUAUUUUACCCCUACUUUAGUGUUUCCUUUAAAAAGUCAAACAAAAAAAUGAGCUCAAGAAGAAGUGGGAGAGAGGGGCUAAGAAAAGAGGUGAGGGGAU